AUGUAUGCAGUGUCUACUAGUGCCGAGGGAGCCUGUCACUUGUGUGUACCGCCUCACCCCGGUAUCCAGUCUGCUGCUCCAGGUGCCGGUGAGGCUGCCGCUCUAGGUGCUAGUGCGUCUGCUGCCCCUGGUCCUGGUGAGGCUGCUGCUCUAGGUGCAGAUGUGCCUGCUGCUUCAGGUGCUUGUGAGUCUGCGCCUUCAGGUACUGCGUCUACUGAGGCACUGCACACCUUCACACUGGACUUAGGCACUUCCCGCUGUUUCUUUUGCGACCGCACUGCCCUCGAGCAGCUCCCUAGGCCGGUUGCUGUCUCCCUGGCUCUCCCCUCCAGGGGUCCGGCCCUUGCAACCUCCACCACUGCCCUCCCUUGUCCUGCUGUCCUGUCCGGCACACUGUCGGGCCUUUACCUCCCCUCGUUCUCUACGAACUUGGUGGCGGGUUCCGCGCUCGAGGACGUGGGUGUUCACCAGUUCACCCCUGCCUACGAGCAUGUGACACACUGCACAUGUGCCGAGACGGGUCGUCACCUCGCUACCUUCACUCGGCAGCCGGGGUCGGACUUGUACACACUGACCACUGAGUCCCCUCAGGUAACGGCGUCUGCGUCUGCGUCAGGUCAGUUGUCACUGCCUCCCCUGCCACCGUCCCCUGCCCCUCCUUGCCUUCCCUAUGUCGAGGGGCGGCAACGUGCCACUCCUCACUCCUCUGAGUUCCCCUCGACGGAGGCUCCUCUGCAGACCCUUCACAUGGACGUGUGGGGCCCAGCCCGUGUCUGUGGGCAGGGCGGAGAGUGCUACUUCCUCCUGGUAGUUGACGACUACACGCGCUACACCACGUUUUACCACCCCACCUCGCGCCGUGUCUUCCCCUCUCAGGACGUCACGUUUGACAAGUCGGUCACCUUUUACCGUCUCUUCCCCUACCGCACUGCCCCGCUCCCCCCUCCGUCGCUCUUCCUCACGCCAGGUGCUGCUUCGGUAGACCCCCUGCCUCCCCGUGGUCCUGCUCCCUCAGGUGUUUCCCAGGUAGACCCAGUCGAACCUGUCGAGGUAGCUCUCGACUCUGGUCCUGCGCGAGGUACUGAGCAUGCUGAGCCUGAGCGUGCUGAGCCUGAGCGUGCUGAGCUUGAGCGUGCUGGGUCUGGGGGUACUACGACUGGGGGUGCUGAGCCUGGGGGUGCGGAGACUCGGGGUCCUGAGCCUGGGGGUGCGGAGACUGCGGGUGCUGAGCCUGGGGGGGCUGAGACUGGGGGUAUGCGUGAGUGGUACUCUCGGUACUGUCGCCGCCGCCGUGGUGUUGUGGGAGCUGGAGGUGCUGCUGGUGCUGCUGGAGGUAGUGGAGCUGCUGGAGCUGCUGGUGGUGCUGCUGGUACUGGGGCUGGUGCUGCUGGAAGUACUAGUGCUGCUGGAGGUGCUGCUAGUGCUGGUCCUGUUGGAGGUGCAACUGGUGCUGCUGGAGGCAUUGGAGCUGCUGGUGGUGCUGAGCGAGUUGGAGCUGCUGCUGGAGGUUCUGGUGAUGUCUCUGCUGGUUCUGGGGGCACUUCACGGCCACAACCGUACUUCGUUCCCCUCCUUCAGCAGGUUCUUGGUCAGCCGCCUCCUCCUUGUCCUGCUCCCUCCUUAGAGUGUCCUCCGCCUGUCCAGUCGUUGUCACAGCUACCGCCUGCCUCGCCACUCCCCAGUCCUUCUCCCUACACUGGUCCGACUGGCGGUCUUACAGAGCGUCGUGAGCUUGAGUCUCGUCCUGUGUCGCCUAAGUCUCGGUCUGCAUCACCUGUUCGUGCUGCUCGCACUGGUCGUCGUGUCCCGCGUCAGCGUCCUCCUGCUGUCCUAGGCACUCACCAGAAGGCGCUUCGUCCUUCCACUGCUCCACAGCAUGUCCCGCUGUCUUCUCCUCCUGCGUCCUCUCUUCCUGCCCUUGCUGACCCGGAGUCUGACUCUCUUCGUGCUGCUAGUCCUACUGUCACGCAUCUCCUGGCCACUGCUGUCACUGACCCUUCCUUUGAGUCAGCUGUUGCGUCUGCCUUAGUUGCUGAGCUUGUCGACCUUGCUGCUCACUGUCGUCUAGACUACGCUACGAGUCUUGUUGCUGAGUCUGGGUCUGAGUCUGUCUAUCCUCCGUCCGUCGGGGGUGAGUGUGCUCUUGGCACGGACGUCCUUGAGGACAGGCAGGAGGAGUUUGAGUGCUUUGCCGCCGCUACAGCCAUGGACGCAGAGAUGGCAUCCUGGAAGUCCACUGGCACUUACGUCGAUGAGGUUCCCCCUCCUGGGGCGAACAUCAUCAAUGGCAUGUGGAUUUUCAAGGUGAAGCAGCCGCCGGGUUCUCCGCCUGUCUUCAAGGCUCGUUACGUUGCUCGAGGCUUCAGUCAGCGAGAGGGAAUAGACUUCUUCCAGACCUUCUCCCCCACUUUGAAGAUGACCACUCUUUGGGUGCUACUGAACGUUGCCGCUCAGCGUGACUACGAGCUUCACUCUCUUGACUUCAGCACAGCUUUCUUGCAGGGCAACCUGCACGAGGAGAUCUGGCUACGCCGCCCUCCUAGCUUCACUGGGUCGUUCCCUCCUAGUACCCAGUGGAGCCUCCGGCGGCCGGUCUACGGUCUCCGCCAGGUGCCACGUGAGUGGCACGACACACUGAGGACUACAUUUGCUGCUCUUGGGUUCGCGCCUUCUACUGCUGACCCGUCGUUGUUUCCGCGCACCGACACUUCGCUGCCGCCGCUCUACAUCCUGGUGUACGUCGACGACUUGGUCUUUGCCACUGCUAACACUGAGGCUCUCGCCCUGGUGAAGCUGGAGCUGCAAAAGAGACACACGUGCACAGACCUGGGUGAACUGCGUAGCUACCUUGGCUUGCAUAUCACCUGGGACAGAGCACGCCGCACCAUCACAAUGACUCAGUCACACAUGGUGCAGCAGGUCCUUCAGCGCUUCGGCUUCACUUGGUCCUCGGCACAGGCCACUCCUCUGGCUACAGGUCACUCGCUCUCAGCUCCACCUUCGGACGAGUCCGUAGAGCCGAGUGGUCCUUACCCAGAGCUAGUUGGCUAUCUCAUGUACCUGAUGACUUGCACUCAUCCUGACCUCGCGUACCCUCUUGGCCUUCUCGCUCGCUACGUGGCUCCUGGUCGACACCGAAAGGUGCACAUGGAUGCUGCUAAGAGGGUACUGCGCUACUUGUGCAGUACAUCAGGCAUGGGACUCGUGCUUGGAGGGAGGAGCUCAAUUGUCCUCACUGGGCACUCAGACGCUUCUUGGGUUGACGACCAGGCUACGCAGCGGUCGUCACAGGGUUACACCUUCAGCCUUGGCUCUGGUUCAGUUUCUUGGCGUUCUACACGUUUGUCUUCAGUUCUCAGCUCCAGUUGUGAGGCUGAGAUCUACACCACAGCCAUGGCUGCACAGGAGUUACGCUAG